AUGGAACCGUCGAAAGAAGCGAUUGCUGUCCGCAUUACACGGCUUAACCGACAAAUCGUUGGAAAAGUUACCAGUGGGCCAAAUAAAUUAAACAAAAAGAUAGAUCGUGAAACACUGUUUGAUGCACUUACAGUUUUGUAUGAUGAGUGCAAUGAUGAUCCAAUUAAAAAGUGUGACGAACUGGUACGAGCCUUUGUGGAUAAAUAUCGUAGUACACUGGCAGAGUUACGUCGUGCUAGAGUUUGUUACUCAGACUUUGAACUAAUACAAGUAAUAGGGAGAGGCCAUUUUGGUGAAGUACAUAUGGUGCGCGAAAAAGAAACAAGUGAUGUGUAUGCAUUAAAAAUAUUGCGUAAGGAGCAAGCACGUAAAAGAGUAGCUAUCGGCACAGAAGAUGAGCGAGACGUUUUAGCAAAUGCCAAUGGACCAUGGAUACCAAAAUUACAAUAUGCAUUCCAGGACAACAGCAAUCUGUACCUGGUGAUGGAGCUAUGCAAUGGUGGUGACCUGUCCGGUCUAUUGGCUCGGCGCAACCACCCGCUGACCGAAAAAGAUGCCGCUUUCUACGUGGCCGAGGUGGCACACGCAUUGAAAACCCUGCAUGCUAUGGGAUACGUACAUCGAGAUAUCAAACCACAGAAUAUCCUACUUGAUCGGUGCGGCCAUGUCAAGCUGGGUGACUUCGGUUCGUGCACGCGGCUAUCCGAGGGCGGUGCGUCGGGCGUGGCGGUGGGCACGCCGGACUACGUGGCGCCGGAGCUGCUGGCGGCCGCUGACUGCGCGCACACCGUCUGUCUCGACUACUGCCGCGGCGUUCAGACCGCUAUAUCUGCCUGUGACUACUGGUCGCUCGGCGUGGUAGCUUUCGAACUGGUCACUCUGAAAAGGCCAUUCUCCUCCGGCGACGAUGACACGCUGGCUCAGAUCUUAGCUAAUAUCCAGAGGUACGAGCGGGAGGAGGAGAGCGCGCCGCUGUUCGAGCCGCCGCCGCACGCGCCUUCGGCGGCGUGGCGAUCGCUGGUGGGCGGGCUGCUGCGCGUGGCGCCGGCGCGCCGCUUCAGCUACCUGGACACGCUGCAGCAGCCGGCGCUCGCCCACCUGCGCCUGCACUCCAUCCGCGACCAGGCGCCUCCGUGGGUACCUCACUUGCGCGGUGCCGAAGACGCGUCGUAUUUCAACCCGCCUCCUAGAGGGACGCCACCACCCUCCGCCGCGCCUUUCCGCACUCGCCCUCCCUUCGCCGGCCAAUUGCCUUUUGUGGGAUAUUCUUACGUUGCUGCGGAUGAAAGCGAAGAUAGUACUGGAGGUUUCAAUGCUUCGCACGAUUGUACCGCCAUCGAUCUAGCUACUUUUAAAUCGGCCGAGAAGUUGGCGGUGAUGCGGGGCCGGGAGAUCGCGUCGCUGCAGAGCAAGCUGGCGGAGGCGGAAGCGGCGGCGGGAGCGGCGGCGGAACGCGCGCGCCGCGCCGCGGAUUCCGACGCGGAGAGGCAGCGGGCGCGGUUGCAGGCCGAGAUCACCGCCCUCAGCCUGCAGAAUAAGCGGCUCGAACGUCAAGUAGAGGUGGAGAAAGAGGAGCGCAUGGCCCUACAACGUACCAACCAAGAAUUAUCGUCGGGCAUCGUAGAACGUAGCAACGGAGAGCUACGUGCUACACAGGCACAUGUAGCUGAAUUGCAAACUGAGCGGGACUCGUUAAAGGAGAAACUUAUCAGAUUGGAGACCCGCCUUUCCGAUUUGCAAACAGAGAACAUUCGUGCCCACCAAGCUGCUGAGACAGCACGCGCCCAACAAAAGCAUUAUAAGGACUCGAUCGCGAAGGAGCGCGCGCUGCGGCGGCAGACGCUGAGCGGCGGCGAGGCGGAGGGCGCGCGGCUGGCCGCCGCCGAGGCCCGCCGCCGCCGAGCAGGGCCGCCGGAGGGCCCACGCAGAGGCGCGCCUCGCCUCGGCCGACGCGGAGGCGGACGCGCUCAGGGCAGAGCUGGACGCCGUCCGCGCCCAACUGGCCGCCGCUCAGAGAGGCGACGCGAAUCGGAAAAUGCCACGAAACAGCUGAGCGAGGAACAACUGCAACUUACUCAAGAACGUAUGCAGACGAAGGCGUUGCGUGCACAAGUGCAGGAGCUGGAGCGCGGCGUGGAGGAGGCAGCCCGCCGCGAGGCAGCGCUUGAGGAGCAGAGCUCGCGAACGGAGGCGCGCCUCAGGGAGCGGCUCGACGAGGCGGAGGCGCGCGCCGCCGCAGCGCUGCACGACGACUCGCGCCGGAGGGAGAAGGUCAACAGCCUGGAGCAGCUGGUGCGGCAGCUGGAGCGCGAGGUGAGCGCACUGGAGAAGCGCGGCUGCGUCGAGUGCGCGGCCCGCGCCGAGCUGAGCGCCGAGCCGAGCGCCGAGCGGCUCGACGGGCGGCCCGACGCGGCGGACGGGGGUGCCCCGCGCGGCGACCGCAGCGACACCGAGAGCGCGCCAGACCUGCAGGCGCAGCUGCACGCCGCCCUCCUCAAGGAGCAGCUGGAACGGGCCGAGGCGCAGCUGCAGGCUCGUGCCGAUGAAAUUGCAGCGUUGCGACAGGAGACCCGUGCAGCUAAUUUAGCCAAAUGGCGAAAGGAACGUGAGUUCAACGAACUCUCGAUGGAGACGAAGUCUACUGCGCGCGAGCUGAAACGCACCGAGGAGCGACUCUCCGCCGUGUUAGAGGCUCGCAAGGCAGCCGAGCAGAGGGCCUCCGCGCUGAGCUCCGAGCUGAGCGCGCUGAGACCGCAGCACGAGAGCGCCGCCAAGGAGCUCGACGAGCUCAAGGAGCGGCUGGCCCGGCUGCAGAAGCAGCACGAAGGGGCGCAGAACGAAGUGGACCGGUCGCGCAACGAUAUCCGCAAGCUGAAGAGCGAGCUGCAGUACAGCGAGAAGCGGCGUCUCCACGCCGAGGAGCAGGAGGAGCUCUCCAGCCGCGAGCGCGCUCAGCUCAGGGACGAGCUCACCGCACUCAGGGCUCAGAACAACGACUUGACGCUGCGGGGAGUUGUCGAGAAUAGUGUUACGAACAAGUCGCGCGGACGUAAACGAGAAUGUGGGCCAGUCCUCGGAAUCCAUCGUGCUGAAUCCGCCCACCGCCGACACAUGCUGCCGCGGCUCGCCCGCCUGCUGCUGCGCAAACGUAGAAACGACCAUUCGAAUAGCAGACCGUUCUCGAGGAUACGGAUUCGGGUGGCUGUCGCGAUGGAGCCCCUUCAGGGUCGGUGCAAGCGCAAACCAGAGGGGGAGAAGCCGGCCGUGAAGCCGAAGCCGGCCUACCUUAAAGCAUCGGGCGCUAACGGCUGGACGCAGCGCUUGCGGCUGGCACUAGCGGCGGAUAUCCUGCAGGGCCGGUGUCGCGCCGUCGACUCCGCUUUCACGGCGGCCCAAGCGCAUUUCACGACGAAUAACAAAGCACUACAAGAAACUUGUACAUUAUUAGAAGACCAGCUCACAGAAUUGGAGAAGUUGACAGAUUUACAUGAAAUAAAGAACAAAGAUCUUGAGGGCGAGACGCAACGGAUGCGAUCAGAGCUGGAGGCGUGCCGAGCGCGGCUGGUGGAGGCGGAGCGUCUUGGGGCGGAUCGCGCCUCGGCCGCUGGGCUGGCGGCGCAGCGGGGCGAAGAGGCGCGCGAACAGGCGCGUGCCGCCAACGCGCAGCUUCAGCUGCUAAGGGAGCGCGUGGAGAGCCGCGAGGCGCGCGUGGCGGAGCUGGAGGCGCGCGAGGCGACGCUGGAGGGCGAGCGGUCGGCGGCGGCGGCCGCGCUGGCAAGCGCCGCGCGCAGGGUGCGCGACCUGCAGGAGGAGUGCGCCGCGCUGCGCACGCGCGCCCACCACCACCACGCGCACGCGCUGCAGCUGCAGGCCAGCCUCGCCGACGCGCAGGAGGAGGCAGCGGCAGCACGCGAAGCGAGCGAUGCAGCGGGCGCUUGGUGGCGAACGCGCGAAACAAAGGCCGACGCAACCAUUCGCCAGCAGGCGAAGCUCAUCGAUUUCCUGCAGGCAAAGGUGGAGGAAGCAAAUCGCAAAAAGUGCUCGCUAAGUAAUAAAUUGUUUGGACGAUCCGGCCGUAGGGCGGCCGCGUCCCCACCUUUACUGCGAGUUAACAGAGAGCUGCGUGAGGAAGUUGAACGUUUACGAGCUAAGCUUGCUGCGAACGAUAUACCGCCAACACCAAGACGAGAGAAGCCUAUUGAGAAACCUAAGAAAAUUGUGAAUGAAAUAAGAAGUUUGGAUUUUUCGGAUGAUGUGCCGGAACCUUCGCUAUUAAUUAUAUGGUCUGACGGGACACGCGAGCGGAUGGGCUGCCGCGCGGAGGGCUCCGGGCUGCUCUUGUCCCGCGACGGCAGGGAGCUGCGCGCGCGGCUGCUCUCACCGGACGCCGCCAACUUGCCCCACAACGAGGCCAACAGGGCCUUCUUGAUAAAAGUGGAGAGCUGCACUGAGGAACGUUCGGAGGCAGUGGCUGUAUGCUCGAAUAUAGCGGAGAGGGCAGAGUGGGUGUCGAAGCUGCGUGAAGAGCCAGCCGUCGGGUACCAGCCUUUGCUCCUGUGUGAAAUGCCAACUCUUGCCAACACUGCACUAUACGUGGCACCCCACGCUAUUGCUAUUGGGUGCGCGGACGGGCUGCAUUCGCUGCGCGGGCGGGUGGGCGUCGAGUGGGAUGGCGAUAUGUCGCCGCCUCGCUCGGAGGAGGGCAGCGUGCGCGCCUUGGCGGCCGGAGGGGGGCGCGCGCUGCUCGUGUGCGGGGGCCGGCUGGCGCACGGCGGGUUGCUGGCGCUCGGCUCGGCGCUGCGCCGCUCCGCCACCCUCAGGCCGGCCCUGACUCUUCGUACUGUCCGCCUGCCCGAUACCACGACGCCGCAUCUAGUCAAGGCGAUAUCGGAGGAAGUAACAGAAGGUCUUUGCGCUGUGGUAGCUUGUGGUCGUCGUGUUUUUGUUCUACGCUUCGAUGCAUCCUGCACAGAAUUCAAAAUUGCUCGCUCACUCACAAUUGACAGACCACCAAGUUCGUUGCUGCUCACGUCUAAAUGUCUGUUCCUCGCCGGAGAGAAACCACUCAAAGUCAACCUACCUUCUGGCGCCUUGGAAACCUUUGCAGUGGACGAACCGACAGUGGCCGCUGCCAUAAAAAGUCACUCUCCCCCUAAAGCAAUAGUCCUAGUCAAAAACAAGCCAUUCGAGCUACUUAUUUGCUUCGCGGAAUGUGGCGUGUUCGUGGACGAAAACGGCAGGCGCACGCGUAAUGAAGACCCUAAAUGGAGUUCGGCAGUGCACAGCUGGGAGUUUGUGGCUCCAUUCCUGUACGCUGUAGGCACCGAAAGAGUUACCAUAAUUUACCUUAACGAGGAAGCGUAUAGAGCUCCACCGUGCACGUGCGAGACUUCAUCCAUUGCCUCGUCGGCUUCGGAGUGUUACAUGCCCGAGGUGUUCAACUACAAAGUGAAAGAACCAGCUAUACUCGGCACAGCAACCAAUGGGAUAAUAAUAAGGUCUAAGAGUGAAGAUGGCUACACAAUUUCAAUAGUCGACGGUCUGGGAGCCUUUCGCAGCAUCGGCGCUUCGGUUGAAUCGCUAGAAACCACUUCUGAAUCGAAAGGCUCCUCCACCGAUCUGACUGUAUCAUGUACCGACCUUUCCCAACACGAGAAUUCGAAUGAAAGCGUGGAGGUGAACACUGGAUUUCUAGCUGACAUAAGAAAAAGAGCAAAACAGCUUCGCAAUGCCAAUCGUAAAAGCAAAACCUCCGAUGAUGUAAUCAAGGAGAUUCUCACCACUGAAGUGGGAUUGAAGCGGUCUUCUAACGGGAGAAAGUCACCACCUGCGACUUCAGAGUUCGAUUCGGAUUCAGAAUCGGACGCGGAAGGCACUAGCUCCACAAAGGGGACGGCCGAUUUAUGUGCGGAAAUGUUUGCGAGACAAGUUCGGUUCAAA